AUGAGGUCAUUAGUAGAUGAUGAUGAUAAUGAUGAUGAUCUCUCUAUCAUCCGGACCUCGAGCAGCUCGCGAUUCUCCUCUGUUGACAGCACUGGCCAGGCCGACCCCGACUUGCCCCACCCCGGCGACAGCCGCAGCGUGGUCGACAUCCCGGCAUCGGACACGAUGACGUCAACAGGUGACGCCGCUACUUUGGUGCCCGAAUCCGGAGGCACAACUACCGGCGGAGGCAGCACCACAGGUGCCACCUUCGGCACUGUUGCCGGUGUGGUUGACGAAGAGCAGUGCUCCGGCGAUGCCGGCACGAGGCCACCGUUCUCGUAUGCGGAACUCAUCGCUAUGGCCAUAGUGCAGUCGCCGCACAGGAGGGCGAUGCUGUCAGAGAUCUACUCCUACGUCGCGAGCCGUUUUCCCUACUAUGCUGCCAGGAAGAAGUUUUUGCAGAAGAUGAUCAGCAAUAACGUGGCACGCUACAGUUGCUUUGUCAAGUUGCCACAGGAAGGCGGCAAGCUCAAACGCCACUACUGGAUGCUUGACCCACAAUACGAACACACGUUCGAGAAUGGAAAAUUUCGCCCCCGCCGGCGUAUGAAGCAGCCAUUGCACUCUGGCCCAGUUUCGGAGGGGCACACGAACGGAGUGCAUUCUCACAACGGCGAGCACCGACUCGACGGGCAGCACCGCACUGGCAUGUCGGAACACCUGCAGCUGCUGGAGAACGCCACCGAGUCGCUGUUCGGACACUCAGCGCUCCAGGCUGCCGCUGGGAGUGGACGUGUUACAGGCGACUCUCUGUCACCUCCUGCCUACCCGCACUAUCCCAGUACCGCCACCCCGCCUGAGGUUGGCAACGGUGACCAGGCAGCCCCCGACUCGUCCCACCCUGGCAGCGGCCGCAGCGAGGACGACACCCUGGCGUCGGACAAAACGGUGUCGACAGGCGACACGACUAUUCUGGCAUCCACAUCCGGUGUCACCGUCACCGUCAACGGUAGCGGCGGUGGCACUGGUAUCGACAGUGUGGGAACCGCCGCGGGCAGUGCUGGCAGAGAGGUGGGCGAGGAGCAACGCCUCAGCGACACUGGUUCUGCCGUUACUGCCAGUACGAAGCCACCGUUCAGCUACACAGAGCUCAUUGCUAUGGCAAUAGAGCAUUCUCCACACAGGAGGGCAUUACUGCCACAGAUCCACGCCUACAUCACAAGGCACUUUCCGUACUACGGGCCCGACCAGAAGGGCUGGCAGAUUGCAAUCAAGAACAGACUGUCGAGCAGCAAGUGCUUCGUCAAAGUGCCGCAGGAAGUCGACAGGCGCAAGGGGAACUACUGGAUGGUCGACCCACAAUAUGAGGACUUGUUGAAAAAGGGCACCUUCCGCCUACACCGGUCCGUGGGAGUGGUGACCACCCCCGACGUGACGCACGGACCUGACUCCACGUACCAGUCGUACUUUGCACGCUGCCGGCAACACCACAACGCCAGCCCGUCAGUACGACCUCAGCCGGUCGAUGUUGCUGACGGGUCACCGUCUGAGCCUUCGGCCCUCCGAGCUGCUGUCGACAGUGGGGACGGGAGCAUCGGGGACGAAGGCGAAGGUGUCGGAGGUGGCUCUUUGCUACCUUCCACCUACACUUCCUUUCCCGGCCGUGACUACGGGACUGCUACCCCGACCUCGACAAGCCUGUCGUGUUCCAAAAUUGGCAGCACCGGUCGUGCUGCCCCCGACUCGUCCCACCCUGGCGACGGCCACCGCGAGGACGGCAUUCCGGUGUCGGACGGGACAACGUCUCCGGAUGACGCGGCUGUUCUGACCUCCACCUCUCGUGGCACUGACGACGUAGCAGGCGAGGAGCGGUGCUCGAGCGUGGCUAGCUCGGCCCGUACUGCCAAAAAGAGGCCGCUGUUCUCCUACACGGAGCUCAGUGCUAUGGCCAUAGCACAGUCACCAAACAGGAGGGCGAGGGUGUCAGAGAUCUACGCCUACAUCGUGAAGCGUUUCCCCUACUUCAAACGCAAGAAGAAGAUACGGCAGAAAGCGUUGAGCAACAACCUGUCUCGUAACAGGUGCUUCAUCAACGUGCCUCAGAAGGACAGCGCAGGGAAGGGCAACUACUGGAUGCUCGAUCCGAAAUACGAGGAAAAGUUGGAGAACGGUGAGUUCCGUCCCCGGGACAUGAAGCAGCUAUUGCACAGGGGCCUGGGAGUGUUGGCGCCUGGUCGCCGAGUGCACUCGGACCGUGGCCCCCGGCAGCGACACCACACCGGCUUGUCGGAAGACGCCAGGCUGCCAGAGACCGGCGGAGGUGCCGCCGUUACACUUCCCUCGGACCUGCCUUACACCAGGAACAGUAAUGCCGCCACAACCUCGACCGAUGUGUCGGCCUGUGAGGUUGGCACCACUGGCCAGUCUGCCCCCAGCUCAUCCCACCCUAUCGCAGGCCAUCGCGCGAAUGACAUUCCAGCGACGGACACGACACCGACGGUCGUAGACGUCGGUACUCUGACCUCCGCAUCCGAUUUCACCGCCGACAGUAACGGUGCCGGCCGUGGUGGCGCCCAUGGGGCAGGCGAGGAGCGUCUCCUCGGUGACGCUGACACCGCCCGUACUGCCGACGAUAGGCCGCCGUACUCCUACAAGGUGCUCAUUGCAAUGGCAAUAGCACAGUCACCGCACAGGAGAUCGACAGUGUCGGAGAUCUACGCCUACAUCUCGAACCGCUACCCCUACUUCAGACGCAAGAAGAUGAUCUGCCAGAACUCGAUACGCUGCGUCCUUUCGUCCUACAAGUGCUUCGUCAAAGUGCCGCCGGAAAGCGGAGACAGUAAUGGCGCGUACCGCAACUACUGGAUGCUCGAGGAGUUGACUGGUGGUGGUGGUGGUGGUGGUGGUGGUGGUGGUGGUGGUGGUGGUGGCCGCCCAGGUGUUGACUACUGGUCUUCUGCCCACUUCAUCUGUUGCUUUCAGAUCAAUCCACAACAUGGCGACAUGUUGGAGAACAGAAAAUGCCGCUCCCGGGGCGUGAAGCAGCCGUUCCACAGGGGCUCGGCAGCGUCGGUGUCUCUGCGCCACAGCCAGCUCCGACACCACAGCCACCGACCCCACCAGCCGCAACACCACACUGGCGUGUCGGAGCAGCCCCAACUGCUGGAGACUGGAGGCAGCACCGUUCCACUCCCCACCUACCCGCACUACACCAGGUGUACUCAGAUUUCUGAUGAGAAUGACAGUGCUUCAUUUGAAGAAAGUAAUCUUCAGAAUGUGACCCACGAUGAAUUGGUGAUGCCGCAAGAGGUGUCGACACACUUCGGGAGUUACUGUGUUCCAGCACAAGGAAUUACAACACAAGAGGAUAAUUUCCUCUGCAGUACAGAUAAUACUGAUCCACUUGCUGAUAAUCAACUUAUCAUUUGUGACCCACGGAGCAUUAAGAAAGAGGUUAAUCUCAAGUGGUUUACAUUUCUGAAUGACCAACAGACAAUCACACAGUCAUUUGUUGUGUAA